AUGGAGUUCUCUAGUGAUCCGUGGGGUCCUAAUGAGCGGUUAAGUGAUGGCGUUCAUCGUGGCAUUGAGACCAAACUACAAGAAGUUCGGGAAACUCUGGAUGAAAUUGAGAAAAGGGAGCCAGAAGCAUGGGAGAAACUGGCGCUUUUAACAGCCGAAGACGACCUUAAUGAGAGUCUUUUCAAGCAACUUCUGAAACAAAUAAAAGACGUUAACGACGUGCAAAUAUCUGGUGUUACUUUACUUAUUUACUGCAUUGUCUUUGACCGGCCAAGGUACAUUGAAAUAUUGCACGAAUCCGGAAAACUGGACUUCAAUGUUCCGGACCAAAUUUUUGGCAAUUCGCCGCUAAUGUGGUGUUUCAAUCUCGAUAGAGAGCAAUGUCUGGUAGAGCUUCUAAAUUUUGUUGAAGAAUUGGAUCUAAGCUAUAAAAACCCCGGUGGUUCCACGGCGCUUCAGUUAUUGGUCCCAGGAAGCGCCAUGUACGAGUUUUCCAAAGACCAUGGUGCGUUUCGAUUAGCCGAAAGUAUAGGUAAAGUCCCACACGAACUAUACGAAACCCAACCGAUGAAUUUCGGAACUGUAGACGUGGAUCAUACUUUGGAUCAGAUCAAUCUCCAGACUGCCGGACUUGGUCUCAACGAGGAAAGCCAGUUCGACGUCGAGGAGAGUCUUGGUCAAUCUCACGGAACAACACCUGUGAACACGGAGUCUCUUCUUCCGCGCUUCGACUUCGACCAUGUGUUGCCCAAGCAGUUCAUCGAGUUCGCGGAUUAUGAUAUUCCGCGACUACUCGAUCUAAUCAUAUCGCUACCGAGUAAAAACCCCCACAAAACCUGCAUUCCUGCCGCUAUCAUUUUCCAGUGCUUAAGAUACGCAGACUGUGUAAAGCAAAGCGCUUCGUUGGUGGAAAGCAUGGCUCAUUUGUUUCUUACGAAGAUUCUCACAUCAAUAACGUCAACAUCUGGCGGUGUUCUGCAGAGCAAUCAAAGUGGCAAUAUUGUUUUGCAAUCGUAUUGGUUGUCGAGUCUCAAUUUUCUGUUUUACUAUCUCUACCGGCAGGAUGAAUUUUUCAAGAGAUACCCAUCCAUAUUACAAGAGCUCAUUGAUGGAAUGCGCUCCUUGAUAAUAGAACUCAAUUCUUCGAUUCAUUCAAGAAUUGAACCCUUGAUAGACUCAACCAUUUUGGAGCACACUACCAUCGCCGAGGUUAAGGAAACUCUUUACAAAAAAGACUGGAAUUUGUUCAAAAAAAGAAAACUUCGCAAGGGUAAAACUGAUGCACGCGACUCAUAUGAUCAAAUUUUAGCAAUGCUAUACCCUCCCUCGCUCGAUGAACAAAAAAAGCCUUCACCUUUGAAGAUUGUUCAGAUUUUUGGCGCUCUAUCCUAUGUCUUAGAUCUCCAUCAAGUCCACCCUCUGAUUGCCCAACAAUGUCUUUCACUUGCAAUAAAAUGGUUCUCAGUUACGUUGUUCAACAAAAUCAUGGAAAAUAAGAAAAAGUCACUAUCCAGGGCUCAUGCCAUUCAGAUAAAAUUGAACUUAUCUGUAAUACAAGAUUGGAUCAAAAACCACGACUUUAAAGCUUCAUUUCCGUCUAUGAUGGACGAAUUUAUGAUGCAAAGAUUCCCUUACACGUUAGUAUUCAAUUUAAGCGAUAUCGACAGUGCUCAAAAACCCUUCGAACUUAGAAAUCUUACCUUUUACAGGCCAACUAAAGGAAGUCUGACGGAGGAUAUGACGAACUCAUUGUUUUACUACCAAUCUUUCUAUCAAAUUGCUCGAAUUCAUAUGGAGCCGUGCAUGCAGCUGUUGCAAUGGCUUCAAGUCGCUACUUCACUGGAAGACGAGGGCAGCUUAAAGUCAACCACAGCAAUAUUAAACAAACUCACACCACUACAGCUUUACAAGUCUAUGACAAGGUAUAGGUACGAACUUGAAGAGCGCAAAUUCUCCUCAGAUCUGAAAAAGGGGUUGUCACUUACGUGUAAGCAAAGAGAUGAAGUCGAUGUUUACUAUUCGGAAAAACCAUUAUAUUCACUUGCGUUACCAACGAUGACAGAACUCAUCGACAUGUACACACAAAGUGACGAUAGUCACGAACUUUUGCCACUUUUACCUGUCGAAAUUCAAGAUGAUGUGGACGAGAUACACGAGCAAAACACGAAACUAAGAGAAAUGGAUAAGGAUCAGCUUCUCCUGGGUCAGGAAGGUGAUGAUUUGAGCACUGAAGACGAUGACAGGGCGGGGAUCGAAAAUGUGAAUGGUGACCAGCUGUUUAAAGAACUUCACGCACCUUCAUCGGCUGCCCAACGUCCACUUUGGGCCAUUACCGACGACAUAGAGCAGAAUCCAUGGUAA